CGCUCUGUCUGCUUCCUGCUCUGUGCUCAGUGUUUUAGGAAACGUGGCCUUAGACCGUGAAGCUCCAUCAUCAUCAUCAGCAGCAGCAGCAGCAGCAGCAGUGGAUGAAUGAGCAGCACCGUCUGUCACCUCUCGAUCCCGUCUCUCAACUGAACCAUGUCCUCCGACACGGAACAAGUCCCGGCCUCGGCCCCGGAGGCCGCCGCCGCCGUCCUGGACGCCCUGAACGCGACGGACUCCAACGGGACCGAGGCGCUCAACGUUACGGCUAAAUUCGUGGCCACUCCGGAGGGCACUGCGCUGGCGUACGGCAGCCUGGUGUUCAUGGCUCUGCUGCCCAUCUUCUUCGGAGCCCUGCGCUCCGUGUCCUGCUCCAAAUCCAAGGAGCUUGGAGAAAAUGAUUACGAUUCUGGGUUCAGAAAUACAUCAGACAUGCCAGAAACGAUCACCAGUCGAGACGCAGCGAGGUUUCCCAUCAUCGCCAGCUGUACUCUGUUUGGGCUCUACCUCUUCUUCAAGGUGUUUUCUCAAGAGUACAUCAACCUGCUGCUGUCGGUCUACUUCUUCGGCCUGGGCGUCCUGGCUCUGUCUCACACUAUGAGUCCUCUGAUGUCCAGAAUCUUUCCAGAAUCUUUCCCUAACAAACAGUACCAGCUGCUCUUCACUCAGGGCUCCGGAGAGUCCAAAGAAGAAAUAGUCAACUAUGAGUUUGACACCAAGAACCUGGUGUGUCUGCUCAUCAGCAGCGUGGUCGGCGUCUGGUACCUGCUCAAAAAGCACUGGAUAGCCAAUAACCUGUUUGGCCUGGCGUUCGCCCUGAACGGGGUGGAGCUGCUCCACCUGAACAACGUCAGUACCGGCUGCAUCCUGCUGGGGGGGCUGUUUGUCUACGACGUCUUCUGGGUGUUUGGGACCAACGUCAUGGUAACAGUCGCCAAGUCCUUUGAGGCACCAAUCAAAUUGGUGUUUCCUCAGGACUUGUUGGAGAAAGGACUUGAAGCCAGUAACUUCGCCAUGCUGGGUCUGGGUGACAUCGUCAUCCCUGGUAUCUUCAUCGCACUGCUGCUGCGCUUCGACGUCAGCCUGAAGAAGAACAGCAGGACGUAUUUCUACUCCAGUUUCCUGGCCUACAUCUUCGGACUGGGCCUCACCAUCUUCGUCAUGCACACCUUCAAACACGCACAGCCCGCCCUGCUCUACCUGGUCCCAGCCUGCGUCGGCUUCCCCGUCGUUGUAGCACUGUUCAAAGGAGAGCUCACAGAGAUGUUCAGGUACGAGGAGACCCCUCCUGAGCACGCAACAGAGACUAAAGAGGAAACAGAAUCAGAGAAAAAGGACCAAUAACAUCCAUUGCUGCCCCGCCCCCUCCCCCCUCCUCCUCAUCCUCAUCCAGCCUGCUGCCACCACAUUUCACUGAAGCCCCUCCCGCUCCCGCUGCUCCAGCUUCCUGUUGGUCGCUGGGGGAAACGGGACUCAUGUAGCCAACGUUGUUUGUCUCUGAUAACUGCGGGAACGGCUGCUGGUCUCCGUGGUAACGGCUGCUGGUGUUUCUAAUUAAAGGUUGUUUGGUAACAACAUUUGAGACUCGGUGCCUGCCAUGAUUCCUCUCUCUCUGCCUCUCAGCUGCUCGCACACAGGAACGCACAUCAUCGGCUUUUAUCGUACGUUUGUUCGGGAACGCCGUCAGAGUGGUUAAACGGCAGCCGCAGCGUCGUCAGGUCUGACCUUCUUGUGUGUUGGCAGCUCAUUGGCUCAGAUAGACCAGGAAACCAUCAAACCUCCGCCGCCUGAAGGAGCACUUGGUUUGGAAAAUUAACGGUAAAACAAGCGCUCCUGUUUCCUUUGUCUUUAAAGCCUCCAAACAAAGAACCACGGUUCUUCGUGCCAUCCUCCCACAGUCCCACAGUGACCUCCACAGUGUUAACUCUUCAGACGGACACAUCGUGUGGGCGUGGUUCUUUGUCUCCGGGUUUCUUCACUUCCUGGUUUAUUUGGCGCCGGGCCGCCGCUCAUUCUGCCUUCUGCUUUCUCACAUCAGUGUUUUCUGUUGGUUCCACUUUUAUUGUUUCUCCUUCAAGGCCAGAAUUUUAAGAUGAAAAAUCCAGUUUAGAUUUUUUGAUAAUUUCCAGUUAUUUUCUCGCGUCUUGUCUGUUGUGAGAACUCGUCCUGUAGGUGUGACUCAGUCAGCUGUGAUCCGUUCUGUGGAGCGAACAUGGCUUCACAUUCAAACCUGCAGUGUUUGUAGUCGUAUGUCACGGUCAGGCCUCAUCCACACGCACACACCUUUACUUAUACAUCACUUUUUUAUGUGUUUUGGUCUUUGGUCCACACAAUCUGUGUUUAAGUAGAGUUCUGUUGGUUGGAUCAGAUUCAGCUGUUUAAUAUGAAUAUUUGAUAACUCGUUUUUUUUUUUGUCCAUAUAAAGUUUUUAAGUUUGAACGGGAUUCAGUGGUACGUUCAUUGUGACAGUGGUACACACAUUAUAUCGCAAACAAGCUAACGUGCUAACGACAUGUUGGAAAUGUGCUCCAGAUAUCAAACAAGAAGUAUCUGCUUCUCAGCAGAAGAGAGGAGAUAAAGAUAUCUCAGAGUUUCUCCUCCUGUGUCGCUGCAUCACGUCCCUCUGUACCAAAGAGCGCUCUCUCUGCAGCAAAAUCUGGGGACCAAAAAGUCCCCAGAAGUUCACUGUACAGCACACUGACUGACUGACUGACUUGAAGCGAUCUGAGUGGACUGAGGGGUCUCUGACUAACGAUUUGAGUCUGUGACUCUCGAGGAGGCGGCUCUACGUUUAGGCUGACUGAAAACAGACCUGAUAUAAAACUCCAUCUGGGUGAAAAAGUUCAAACUCUCAGUGUUGAUGUGCAGACGGGAAAACCGAGCUUGUCUUGUGACAUCAGAGUGUGCGCGGUUAUCGUGUUUGUAAGGUGUCACAAAUUAAUUUCCUGUGAUGGCAGAUGUGGCGAACGUCGAGCUGGCUGUAACCUGCCAACAGGACGUCAUACACGUUUAACCAUGACUGUACAGUUAACUCUACAGUGAGGACGAUGCAGACAGGCAGCCUUCAGGUGAUCGCUCUGUUCUAAGUUUCUAAAUGACCAACAUCAUCUUCUGCUUCGCAUGGUUUCAGGGUUACGGUUAUAUCGCCACCUGUUGGUUGGCGUGCUCCUGAUGGUGCUUAAGUUGUGUGUUUGCGUUGUAAUGUGGACAAAGUAGUUUGUUUGUUUGUUUUUUUUCAAACAGUGCAAGUGUGGACCGGAUUUGAUUUUUUUUUUAACAGAGGGGUAAAAUUCUGUUUUCAAAACCCCCCGUGUGUGUGUGGACCAGGCGUCAGUGACGGAGGUCGUUUUUGUAUCUGUCAGACUUUGUGUUUUUUCUUUUUUAAACCUUGAAUCCAGUGAAUUCUGAUUAAAAGAUGAAACUGGAGCUGUUCUCUUAUUUUCAGUAAAUCUCAAACCAACAAUGUGUUAAUACAUCUUAAUUUUGGAAAAUGUUACAGGCUGUGAUGUGUCAGAUUAUUUUGUAUGUUUUUCUUUUCUGUUAGUUUCAGGUCUUGAAGGUGGAAAACAUUCAGAGACUCCAGGAUUUGAAAAUGGUUAUCUGCACAAUAUUUGGCUCAAACAUAAAACCCACAGGUGUGGUUCAUUAACGCAGCACGAGUUAUUAAUAACUGUGUGAACCUGAAAGGGUUAAUUUUUUAGAGCGUGCACUCUGCGGAGAAUUUAAAGUUAAAAUAAAAACAGCUGUGGAAACAGACCAAAGGCAUCUGAAGUUUCCCACACAGGUGAGUGUUCACCUGGACAGGACAGGUGAUACAUCUGGACAGGACAGGUGAGCGUUCACCUGCCUGGUUCUUAAAGUUCUGGCCUGUGAGAGGAGACUGAGGAGAGGAGUAAAGGGAGAAGGAGGCACGCUGAACCUCCUCUGCUGAAUAUUUCCAGUCCUCCAAGUCCUCGUUCUCAGGUCUUAUUGGUGGAGAGGCUGUGAGGGGCGGGGCCCUGCGGCCUCCUUAUCCAAUGAGCUGUGAGAAUGAGCUGAGGAGAGGAGUUUAUCUGUUUAUCCACAAACAUUCUCAGUUUUGGGCUUUGAACAGUCAGUCAGACAAAAGAAGACGUUACACCAACCAAACGAUUCAUCAGGAAAACAGUCGUCUGAUUAAAGCUUUGAAAUAAAAGAUGGAUCCGUCACUUCCUCCUCCACCAAACCAGCUCCGGUUCUUCUACUGGUUCUGUUCACGAUUAAUAGAACCUCGGUACGAUCGAGCGAAUCAGCCAGUGUUUCCACCAGUUUCGGUGUAUUGUAUUGAUAACCUGAAACUUUUGUUCUCUUAUUACAGAUAUUUAUAAAUAAAAUUAUUAAAAAUAAUUACUAAUAAAUAAAAAAAUAUUUUUAGCCAAAAAAACAGAUACUGAGACUUCUGCACGCUUUUUUUUCCUGACAGUUUCUCAUUGAUUCUCUGUCGUUGCUUUCUCCAUCCCUUCUGUCUGUGUCGUCACCGUUCAAACUUCAGGUUAACAAAACCUGCUGGUGUUUAGUUCCAGCUGGGGACCAACGUUUCAGGCUCCGACCCAAUUCUUUAAAUUUAUUUCCUUGGUGGAAACGCUCUGAACGGUUUCUCAUUAUGUGUGGGAGCCAGAACAGAACCAGUUCCAUGUUGGUGGAAAAGGGGUCUUGAGACCAACAUCAGAUGUGAGACUUGGGUCCACGUGAAAAUAUCUGAGUUUGAAAUGUAGGAAACAGAAACAGUGCUGUAAACUACAUGUCUCACAAUACCAGUGGCCCUUAAAAGUUUAUUUCUUCAAAAGGUUUUGAAGGUCAGUUUUUUUCUAAACAUAAUGUCAAAAUAAAAUUCAAAUCUAAACGGUGAAAGUCAUCAUUUGGAAUUUUAUACAAACAUAUUGACGUCAUCACAGAACUCACAUUUUUUAGUACAUUUUGAAUUAAUUUUGGAAUUAUUUAACAUUUCGCAAAAUGAAAACCUUUGACUCAGAUUUAACUGCAGCCGCUCUGACUGGACGUAUUCAGCCUCACAAUAUUAUUCUCGAUGUUCUUGGUGUUGUUGCUUUAUUAAGAGAUGCACAGUUUUUGUAUUUUGAUGUAAAAGAUGAAAAGAAAUCCAAGUAUUCUGCUCCUGUUCAGCUCAGUGACUUUCAGUAGCCCCUCAUCAUUUUAAAUAUAACGUACCUGAAAUGUUUUUCAUUUUUCUUUCUCUUUCUCUGGUUGCAUUUGUGUAAGAGGUCGUUUCACGGCUCCGACUGUAUCGUUUAUUUGCAAUAAACUUUUUGGUGUUUUGAUCACCGUAUAGAGAAGCAUAA